AUGGAAAAUCCUAAUAUAAGUUACCCUAGAAAUUGCAGAAAAUCAAUAGGUUUUUUACCAACAGCUCCAUCUUUGCGAGAUGCAAUUAUUGAUUCUGACAACUACAAGGAUCUUCUUGUUGAUACCAAGCAUAACCAGAUCCAAUAUCAGCCUAGAAACUCAAGACAGUUGAAGUAUGUGCGUAGUGUCAAAGCAGAAUGUACUAAACUAGGCACUGAAUCUUUUUUAACAAUUCAUGAACUGGCAUAUAUGAUACCAGGUUUUGUCUGGUCCAUAUCCACGUAUCCAGACUUGUCAGUGUUGUUUGGAAUGCAAAAUUUAAUCGAUGAACUUGUGGUGUGCCCUCAAAUUUUCUUUUCAUAUGACACAACAUUUAAUUUAGGAGACUUUUAUUUGUCAAUUUUAGUUGCUCAAAUGAGUUGUUUUAAUGAGAACCCAUGUAUGCCUAUAGCAUUUGUUUUACAUGAUAGGAAGUUAGAUAAUGUUCAUAAACAUUUCUUUAAAACAUUUAAAAGUAAACUACCAAUUUUUAAUCAGGUUGUUAUUGUGACUGAUGGUGAGAGUGGAAUGAGUAAGGCUAUUAAAAAAGUCUUACCAAAAUGGAAUCUGGUAUCUUGUUCCAAUCACAUAAUAUCUGAUGUUGAUUUUUGGCUAAAAAAUCACAAUGCUUGUCAUGAAGAAAUAAUAAUCUAUAAAUCUCAAAUGCAGGAAUUUCUCAGAUGUGAAAGUGAAUUACAUCUAAAAGUUAAAAUUGAUACAUUAAGGCUUUCUUGGAGUGAGGCAUUCUCAGUGUAUUUUUCAGACUACUUGUAUUCACGUAUUUUAAUAGCUUAUAUUGGUCAUCUCAGAUCUGUUGGUUUAAUGGAUAAUAUAGUUACAAAUAAUGUAUCUGAAUCAUUAAAUGCAGUUAUAAAAAAGUUUCAAGAAUGGAAAGAAGCGCCUGUUGAUUCUAUGAUUGUUGCAAUGCAUCGCCUUCAGACCUUUUAUUUGACAGAAAUUAAGCGGAGUUGUAGUGGCUUUGGACCCUACACUCUCUUUGACAGCAGUCUCCUAAUCAAUAACACAGACGACAUACCAAAAGUAGAUAGUCCAGAACUUGUUAUUGCAGAGCUGCAAGCAGCUGCAAAUAUACCAAUGCAGCAAUGCAUACCUCCAUCUAUACGAGUGCUUUCUAACACGUUUAAUGUUGUUCAUAUUCCAAACCUAAAGGUUUUUACAGUCUCUGCACCUGAUGGAAAUGCGCAUGUUGUGAAGUUGUAUCCGAAAGAAAACUGCACAUGUCCUUCAUCAACAAUAUGUUGUCACAUACUAGCUGUUAAACGCAGCAUUGGAAUUGAAUGUGGUGACAAGAAAUCAGGCUGUAAGAAGCCAAGAAAAGGUGAUAUAAGUUUUAUCCCUGCACCAGAUGCAACUGUCAAUCUUGACAUAAAAGUUUUGAAUGAUUUGAGCAUGAAUCAAAGUGUUGAUUCAGCAUCUCAAACUUCCCAUAUUGAUAACCUUUUGUCUGCAGCAAGUACAAGUACAGAGAUUCUGUUACCUCAACAUGAAAUGAUGCAAAAACAAGUAAAACUUGCUGACAACUAUGUCCAAACGCCUGGAGAUUCUCUAUUGAAUUUUUCAUUUUCAUCAUUAGUUGUGCAUUCAGAUAUGAAGCCAACUACACUAGAAAUACCUAUUUUAAUUUGUGAUGAUACAAAUUUGGUGGUUCCAGCAGAUGCGCAGACAUGGCUUUAA